AUGCCACAGCAGCAGGCGAAGAAACCACGGAUAGAGUUGGGUGAGGGGGAUAAUGAAUCGCUAGCGCCCAGUGAGACCGAGAAUAGAAUUGAAUCAGAUGUUGUUUUGUACAGUACUGGGAAGGACGAGACGCUGAGGCCGAAAACACCCGAGGGUCCCGUGUUUUUGGAACAAUCUGUGGAAACACCUGGGAAAUACUACUUCCCGAGUAUAAGGAAACAGGAUACACAGAACGCGAGAAUGUUUUUGAAAUUCCAUGGGUUACGCCAGUUUUUGGACACGUAUUUGCCCGAGGAACUUAACUCUCUGUACGUGUACUACUUGAUUUGUCUCCUAGGGUUUGAGAUUAAGGAUAAAGAAAUGAUGGAUGUUAUUUCGGAACAUAUGAUACCGAGGGAUGCGUCACAGGGUGGGGUGCCACAGUUUAAACAGCAAGCGACGUCACCGCAGCGGCCUGGUUUCCAAGACCCACUGGAGAAGAAACAGGCUGUGAGACUGAUUAAGGACUUGCAAAAAGCGAUUAACAAAGUACUCGCUACAAGGUUAAGGCUGGCCAAUUUCUUCACUUUGGACCACUUCGUGGACAAGUUACAGUCAGCAAACAAAAUACUUGUUCUGACAGGGGCAGGUGUCUCGACAUCUCUCGGAAUACCGGAUUUCAGAUCGUCACAGGGACUCUAUUCAAGAAUCAAACAUUUGGGGCUAGACGACCCUCAAGACGUUUUCAAUUAUGAUAUAUUCAUGCAGGACCCGUCUGUUUUCUACAACAUCGCUCACUUGGUCCUACCACCGGAGAAUAUUUACUCACCGCUGCACAGUUUUAUCAAACUAUUACAGGAUAAGGGGAAGCUUUUAAGAAAUUACACACAAAAUAUCGAUAACUUGGAAUCCUACGCUGGUAUAAACCCAGAGAAGCUUGUUCAAUGUCAUGGAUCGUUUGCCACAGCGUCCUGUGUAACGUGCCAUUGGCAACUACCAGGUGAGAAGAUAUUCGAGUACAUCAGAAAUAUGGAGCUGCCCCUAUGCCCCUACUGUUACCAAAAGAGAAGGGAGUAUUUCCGUAUGGAGGGUGAUCCCGAUAAUCCAAUUGGAGACGACGUUACUUUGAAUUACAUCCCUGGCACAGUCUUAAAAUCUUACGGCGUACUGAAACCUGAUAUAACUUUUUUCGGGGAGGCGCUGCCAUCAAAAUUCCAUAGGACUAUCAGAGAGGACAUCGAUAAGUGCGACUUGCUAAUUUGUAUAGGUACGAGUCUAAAAGUUGCACCUGUAUCAGAGAUUGUCAAUAUGGUACCCGCUCAUAUCCCACAGGUGUUGAUCAACAGAGACCCAGUGAAGCAUGCAAACUUUGACUUGAACUUGUUGGGACUUUGUGACGAUGUGGCCGCUUUGGUUUCGCAAAAAUGUAAUUGGGAUAUCCCACUUCAGAGUGGGGACAACCUGAGGGACAAAAAAAUAGAUUUUAUUGAGCGUGAGACAGGGUACUACGAUGUUAUCGCAGACGCAGGUUUGCAAAAAAAUGCUGAACUAAACGGUGCUAAUACAGUAGACGAAACUGGGAACGGGAACAGUGACAGGUAA